AGUUUACAGCUAGAACUGAAUUACAGUAUCUUCUUGCACAAGCAACUCGAAAACAAUCCUGUGCUGGGAUUGCAGUGAAAAAUAUGGAGUCAGGAUUGCAAUAAAAAUGAAAUCUGAUAGUUUCAAAUCCCAAAAUCACUUUGAAACAAGAAAGGCAGUCCGUGGUUGCAGGUAUUAGUUAUCUGAAGAAAAAGACUGAAAUGGUCAUGUAGAGCUAGAAUAGUAUUUACAACCAAAAAGCUUCCCGUUAAUCAAUCAACUAAACUUUACUUUAGAGAGGGAAAAAAAAUAAGAAAAAAAGAAAAAUAAGAAACCUGCAAUCUAGAGAACCUGGAAAAGAAAGAUUUAUCACAAGUCAGUUAAAGGGAAUAAAAUAAGUAUCUAACAUACCAAAAGCAGAGAAUAAUGAGAGUAUCACAUUUACAUUUUUGAGUUUGUUAAAAAAAAUAACAUUUACAUGUGAUUUUUCGCUGUUUGUUUUUUGCGUGCAUUUUGUUUACAUCUCUUUAUAACUAAUUCAUGGUCAUUCAUGAGUUUGCAAAAUAUUUACUAAAAGCAAAAGAAAAAAAACAAACAGGGAACUGAAGUACCUGCUUAUAUGUGAGAGAUUGUAGAAAUGAAGUACCUGAAUUUAAUAAUUUUAGAAGAUGCAGAAAUGAUCAAUCUUAUGUGACCAAUCUUACGUGAUGAAUGUGAUGGAUGGUAGGCCAAUCUUCCCCUACCCCUCUCUGACGUUGUGGCUUUAGGAAAUGCCAUCUCCAGAUACUCGGAAAUAGAUGUUGGCAGCCUUUCUUCUGGCUAGCACUGGAACUCUAGGCAUUCAUGAAAUGGUCAAUAUUUUUUGAGAGACUUAGCAAAGACUUGGAAAGAUCUUAGCAAGUAGGAUCUUGGUGGAUCUUAGGGACUUACCAGUCAUAAUCAUGACAGGAGGGUUUGUCAAAUUCUUGUUGGAAUCACCGAUGAUGGUGGUUAAACAACCGGCCAACAUUAUUUUUCAGAAUACUAAAUAGUUAAAAACCGAAAGAUGAACAAAAAUUUAAUAAUAAGAAGAAGAAGAAAUAAAAUCAUGAAAGAUGGAAAACAAUGUUUGUUGGACCCUUAGUCUUUUCACUGUUUUCCUUUCCUCUCUUUCAUUGCUAUUAAUUUAUGGGAGAAAAUCAAAAGUAAUGAACAGAAUUCAAUAAAAUUAUUCAUAGAUGUAUAAACAGAUUAUGGAUACAAAAGUCAUUAUUGUCCAAGUUUUGGGAAUAGAACGAACAUAUAUAGCAAAAAAGAAAAAUCUGGUUUAGAGUUUUAACGCUAGCCUUUGGUUUCAAUUCAAUAUACUACAUGAAGUAGAAUAUGUGAUUAAUUUCAUCAGUAAUCUAUUGGGGAUUGUGGGAUUCGAAUUCUUAAUCUUUGUAGAAGGAAAUAGAAGCUAUGCCACUUAACUCUAUUGGCUCCCAAUCAUCUUCACCCUUUAAUUCCAUGCUUCACACUUUGUCACGGCUAAGCAACUCACUAGCCAUAUCUUGAAUAAAAAGAUGAACAAUUAACACUGAAUUGAACAGAGACAGUGAUACAAUAACAGUAAAUAAAGUAGAUUAGAUUAGUUACAUAUAUCAGCUGGAUUUUGAAAACUUACUUGAGUUGCUUACUCGUCAAGCAAAGUUUCCUCCUGAACUUUUAUUAUCCACUUACUUCAGUUGCUUACUCCUCAAGCAAAAGUAAGUUGGAUUGAAUGCUUAUUUGAGUUGCUUACUGCUAUUCGUAUUAUCUAGUUACUCAAGAAAAUCAGAAUUUUUAUUCAUCCGCUUACUUGAGUUGCUUAGUCCUCAAGCAAAGUUUUUACCAUCAAUCCUACUUCCUCUAGAAUUCACAAUCCUACUUCCUCUAGACUUCACUAUCCUCCUUCCUCUAGAAUUCACUAUCCUACUUCCUCUAGAAUUCACAAUCCUACUUCCACUAGAAUUCACUAUCCUACUUCCUCUAGAAUUCACACUCGACCCAAAUUGCCUCACCGCCUUUUCACAGCUAUAUAUAGACAGAGAGCACACCACACAAAAAGGUAUAUUACGCAAAUAGUUAGACAAAGAAAGAAAAAAAGAAAAAAGAGAGAGAAAGAGAGGAUUCAGAAUGGCUUUGGACUACUACAGCGUUCUGAACGUGAAGAGGAAAGCCAGCGACGAUGAAGUGAAGAGGGCGUACAAAAGGCAGGCGUUGAUAUGGCAUCCAGACAAGAACCCGGCCAGCAAACAAUCUGAGGCCGAGAAAAAGUUCAAGCAGAUCUCCGAGGCCUACGAAGUGCUCGGUGACCCUCGCAAGCGUCUGAUCUAUGAUGUGGAAGCAAUCAAGUCCGUCCAAUUUCCUCCUCCACGUCCAUCGUCUUCCUGUGCGCCAACUGCUGCUUCAAGAUGCCAUCAGAAACACCACAAUCGGCAGCAGCAUCCGGAUAUUGUGAAGUUACGUGUUUUUGGUGAAGAAGGUUUCUGGGUACGCGUACACCCUACCAGUUGUAAUUGAGGUUUUCUCUUUCUUGAUUUUGACCAUUUAGACUUGUGAGGGAUACCUACCUACGUGUUGCCGGUACUCUUUUUCCUUAUUUGAGGUUUUCCCAUUUAGGGUUUUUUCUUAAUGAGGUUUUAAUGAGGCCGGUGGUAUUCCCUUGAGGUCUUUUGGUCGGUUUGUCCUUCUUGGACUCGAUUUCAGUUGUACUUGACUGACUUUGUAUUGUAGUAGGAGGGAUGCCAACCUAGUUGGGAUGUCUCCUUUCAAGUAACUGUAUAUGCAAAAUUCAUCUUCUUCUUGUUCUUGUUAUUGUUAUU